AUGUAUUUUGAUUCCUUCAUUCCACCACCACCUUCAUCACAAUGGUUCCAGAAUUAGAGAAACCAAGAGUCACCGAGAUACAAGUCCGAAUGGACUGUAACGGGUGUGUUCAAAAGAUCAAGAAAGCUCUACAUGGCAUUAACGGGAUAUACGAUAUCUAUAUCGACAUCCCACAGCAAAAGUUGACGAUAAUCGGGUGGGCGGACCCUGAAAAGAUCGUUAAAGCUAUCAAGAAAACAAGAAAAAACGCCACCAUAUGUUCGCAUACCACACCAUCGGAGACAGAGCCGCCACAGGAAGGUGAACCACCGUCUUCCGAUGAUGCAAACCACCAGCCUGGAGAAGAAGCUCCACCACCAGAACAAGCUCCACCGACAGAACCGCCACCCGAACCAGAAAAUCCUCCGCCAGAUGCGGCGGCAGCACAACCUCCGCCGCCAGAGUCUACAUCAAACCAGCCGCCACAAUCUUCCAGACCAAAAGAGGUGGAUGAGGUUCAUGUUGUGUACCGUCAGCCGCCAGAACAUACGAAUAAUGUUCGUGUUUAUAGUGGGCGUGUGGACCAUUAUCCAGCGAGUCAAGGUGGUCCAGCGUUCAGACAUGAACCGCCACAACCUAUCCAUAGUUAUCACACAUAUAAACCCACACCUUAUGUCACUGAAUACGAAUAUAUCCGUCCACCACCGCAAUACACACCUUACAGCAUACCGGAACCACCACGAUACACCUCCUAUAGCUGGCCGGAACCGCCACAACAAUACACACAUUAUAGUCGACAAGGAGCGCCACAACACACGUAUUACAGUCGGCAAGAAGCGCCACCACAACACACAUAUUACAGCCGUCAAGAAGCACCACAACACCACACAUAUUACAGUCGACAAGAAGCGCCACAACAGCUUAACAACCGGCCAGAGACGCCACAACCAUCUUACAGCCGUCCAGAACCGCCUCCACAGCAUUACAGCCGACCAGAGCCACCACCACCACAACAAGAGAACCACACGGAUCCACCACAACAGAACCGGCAACCAGAGCCACCACAACAAUACACGCAUUACAACCGCCCAGAACCACCACAACAAUACACACGCUACAGUAGACCAGAGCCAUCAACAUCAUACACAUACUACAACAGGCUCGAGCCACCGGAUUAUAAUAUGCAUUACAAUGGUGGAUAUCAUCACAGUAGCAGCAGAAAUGAUGACAUCAUGUCACCUUUUGGAGAUGAGGAUCCGAAUGGAUGUAAAAUCGUCUAAAGGAAAUGAAACGAAUCGAGGGCAUCUUUUGGUCCAAUUACUGGUUGCCGAACCGCGUAAUGGAAAAUAACCAAACAAUUGAUUUACACCAUACAAAAUAAUAAUAUUCCCACAAAAACAUGUGAUGGUGAUAGGGAAGAACAAGAUUCUUAGCUUGUGAGUGCAUGAAGAAUAUGUUCUACAUUCCUAUGGUGUUUAUCUCAAACACUACUUUAGUGUAUGUGUAUUUAAAAGGAAUACGAAUUCUAAACGUGAAGUUUUACCUAA